AUGGUUCAACGAAACAAGGUCUUAGAUAUUGAUGGGCCGACACCCAAGUUUCUGUAUGCCAUGCUUAAGCAGCUCGACCUUAAGAUUGUGAGUACUGUUCCAAUUGAUAAUAUGCUGUCUUUGGUUGACUGGAAUCAUGUUGCUUCUGAGAUUGGAAUAUCCAACGGCCAUGCUGCCCGUAUGCGAUUCUCUCGAUUCCGCAAUCAAAUGGAAGGGACCACUGGGGCCCAGCGGAGGAAGAGGAACCCAAAGAAAGGCGAAGAUGGUGGGAAAGGAGAAAAGGGAGAUCCUAAGCCUCUGAUGCCCCCCACGCAGCAAUCGAAUCCUGUUCAUGGGCCCGCCAUGGAGACAGCCAACUCGUCUGCCUAUACAAACCCCGUUAAACGCGAACACGGUGACCAUGUUGUCUUGGGAAGCCAGCAAUUUCCUGACAUGGGCGAGGUAUAUCCGUGGUCCCAGGUAAUUCCAACCAGCGAGGGGAGUUACACACCACAGAUGCACCCGUUCAUGCAACAGGAAAUGUCUCAUGGAAUUCCGCAUGGAACGCCGUACCACAUGGCAUCUGGAAUGGCUUCGGGCUUCCCUAUGGUGUCACAAAAUCCCUCAUCAUUCUAUUCGCCAUUUUCCAUGCCGCAGGACUUCGUUAUGCAAGAUAUGGCAAGCAACAUGUCGAGUUUCAACCCUAAUGGCGUCCCAGUCUGGGAAUCAUUCACCCCACCAAUGGCCGAGUCCGAAAUUGCACCUGUUAAGAUUGAGGAAAACUGCAAGUCAAUUGAAGUCAAGCUUGAACAGGGUAUGGAACUCAAAACUCAUCAGUCGGCCUUUGACCAGAGCCCUGCGGCUACCUGGAGGUCCUCCACCCCGCCAACCCUGCCGAAAGUCACACCUGUGAAGAUAGAGGAUGAUCAUGAGCCAGUCGAGAUCAAGACGGAGCCGAGGAUUCCAAUCAGAAUCAAAACUGAGGCGUAUUAA